AGAAGGAAAACGGAAUCGAGUGGAAAUUCGCAAGAGUAUAAUUUGCACAAUUUCCAUCAGUGCGGACAAGAUAUUUAAAAUAAAAUUAAAAAAUUCAAAAUAUAAUAAUAAUARUUGUUAUUAUAAGUGCAUUAUUUUGAAAACCGCCUGACGUUAAGAAAAAAAGCUUCAUUUUUAGUCGGUACUGUAGAGCCGGCUGUAUGUAGAUGUGUGCUGAACCAUAAUGUGCAAUUCAAUGAAUUUUGGUUUUGAGGCAAUGUUGUAGUGAAUUUGGAAGUAAAUACAGUCUGUGUCUCAAAGAUUUCGUGUUACAAACAGAACCACAUUCAGAAAGUCAUUGCUUAAAUUCCCUUAUUGUGAAAAUAUUGAAACUUUCGAUAMCAAAUAAAAAGCGGGACUUCAGUAGAUGUAUUAUAAUCGGUGAGUUGCAGUUUUUAAGAGCCGUUAGAAUAUGGCCGAUUAAUGGAAGUGCAGUUACUUUUGGCUCAUGAGAUAAAGGAAGGAAUAAAUUCCGCAUAUUUUUCCAGUUGACAGAAACUAUGACCGAAAAAAAUCCGUCAAUAUAUUCUGAAACUAAGGUAUUUAAGCCCAAACAUUGAAACACGAGUMAAACUUAAAUUUUAAACCGACUUACAUAUGUGAUAUUCUUACAAAASGUAGAACACUAUUGUACGGUACAUGUAAAAUAAACACAAAUGUCGGUAAUUUUAGGAGGGUGUUAAAUAAUAUUUGAUUUAAAAUAGCUCGAUAUUAAAUCUAGUAUUGCGUUGAGAUUGAAAUGGUUGCAGGCAACAUGAAAAUCAUAACACUUACAAACGUAUCAACUGUAAAAAAUCAACCAGUCAGCAACAAUGUGGUAAAAGCUAGCUCCCCAAAUUCGAUGAAUAAAGCAAAUGUUAGUCAACAAACGCAAGGUAGCAAUACAAACGAAUCUCCUAAGAUGAGGUAUUUUAAUGGAACUAGUAUAUAUAAUCACAAUACCAGUACUAAGUCGCUGCAAACACCAAAACAAUGUAAUUCUAACAACAAAAAUUGUAAAAAAYCACAAUCUCACAUGUUCUACAACAUUCCAACCACAUCAGUUUUAAAUCGCAAGAAAUACUAUCAGCAACAUCACCAUCAUAACCAACAUCAGCACAAUUUUGUUAAUAACAGUAAGGAGAUCAGAAAUAAUAUUCCAAUUAAGAAUCAUGAUAUGUUAGAAUCUGAUCCUUCGAACCCAAUAGAUGCACAUCUUGCAUGUGUGCAAAAACAAAAUAUAUCAGUUGAUAACAGUAAAGUGGAAGAUUUCGUAAAUAAYAAUACAACAACAUUAAAUGUCAACAACAUAUGUAUACAACAAAUUCCUGAUGAUACUUGCGAUGGUACGACCGUUGACAAUUCCAUUGCUCUUUCUUCGCACAGAGCAAAAUCAGAGUUCAAACAACACGCCCCUUCAACAGAUAACUUUCCAGUCUCAACACCCGCCGAUAAACAUAAUUGUGUUGGUGAAAAUAAAAGUAUUAACCUUGAUUGCAAUAGCUGUUGGACUAAUCUCGUUGCUCCUCAGUGUACUGAAUCUCCGGCUUCGCUAUCAUGGCCAUGGGUACACAUAAGUAGACGUAAAAGUUCUUCAAUUAGUUCAACAUCGUCGUACUCUUCGUCAGUGUCAUCAGCAUUAUCAAUUUCCGCCGAAAGUAACCCGGAAUUUCAACAAAGUAUCAGCGUUACAUACGCAAAUAACUCAUAUACAUCGAAGAAAAAGUCAUUUCGAAAAGGUAAUACCAAUAAUAAUAACAGAGGUAACAUAGAUACCCGUUAUUCGUCUCCACGUAUAAAGGGCCAAAGGCAACGGAGGGCUACUAACGUAUCGAAUACGACAGAUGAGGUUCCACUAAUUACUGAAUGUCAAAGGAAUAUACACCCCGCUGAUCCUACAGCGAUGAGCACUGUGUUGGCUACGAACACAGUUUCUGCCACAGCAACAACAACAAGUACUGUCGAUUCUAAAGUGGAAAUAACUAUUGCUGCAGAAAAUGCAAGUGGUUUAGUUAAGUCUACAAGUAAUGUAACACUAACCGUUGCAUCUCCUUCAUCAUCAUCUCUCCAAGAUAUAACUAAUAUAGACGAAUUUGCUAGUUUGUCAAUACUACCUGUAGCACCGCAACCGUCAGGCGAAAGCACAAAUUCUUCCGUUUCUUUGACGACGCCAUCCAGUUCUCCGACGGCAUCAACGCCGGGAACAUCACCCUCCAAUUCAUACUCUUUAGACUUUUUGCACUCAGUAGGUGUACAAAUGACUGGUGGAGCAAAUCUAUCGGCACUGUGCAAGAAUAAUACAAACAAUAGCCGCACAAUAACGCCAUUCAAUAGUCAGAAUACAGGUGUAAUGUCACCUGUGCAUACCGCAUACUCCUACCAAAAUAUUUUACCACAAAGAUCUCACCCAAUGCAUGGUCGUUAUACGCCUAACAGUGGAGGUAUUGGCGUUGGUAACAGCGGCAAUCAUAUGAGAGACCAACGGGCACAUCGCUUCCAGCAAAACCACCAUCAUCAUCAUCCGCAGCAACUGACAAUUGCCUCGUUUAUGCAGAAAGAACUUUUAAAUGAAAACGUUCUGGCCGGUAGCAACAGAUCUGAUAUCUCUGAUAACGGUCCAGAGGACAGUGAUGGCGUCGAUGUUAACAAUAACAAUGCUGAAUAUACAAAUCAACAUUCCUAUCGAAACCAUCAGCGUUUUCAUAACUACUACCAGUCGCACUAUCAACAAUCACAGCAGCAUCGUCUAUCCGGAAUACAGCAUGGGUAUGUUACACUGCAUCCUUCGUAUAACAGAGAAGCGGAAAACGAAGGCGGUUCACUUGUAAGUCGAAGCGGAAGUUAUGCUUACUCGCAACAUGUUAAGCGCAAUAAUACGUAUCAAAAUCAUCAAAAUAAUGGCGAGGCUACAUCGAAUUCUGGUCAAUCGCUUCCUGUUCAUAAAAAUAGUGUAGAAGAUAYAGACAGCGAAAAUGUUAAUGCUAGUAACAAUGCCAAGGGAAAUAAUGCAAAUAAUAAUUCAUGGUCUUCCAAGCAGUUUCAUCAGAAGCUAUUGAGUUCUAAAAAAUCAAAUAGCGGUUCUAAUGUGUCAUAUUCGUGUUCAUCCUCGUCAUCCACAACGUCAUCGGUAUCCUCUAAUUCAUCUCAGGCUUCAACCAGUUCUUAUCGACAACAGAAAGGGAAAUCAUCCUCUCAAAUGAAUUUAAUAAUCGAAACCCUUCCUAGAAAAGUGAACACGUCUAUACAUCGCGGUAAUCACAGAGUGCAACAGGUAAAUUACCAUAACCAACAAUAUACAUCGGCUGCAGGUGGUUCACAGCCAUCGACUGCUCAACAAACCCAUCAAAAUAUUCAUAAUUUGACCUAUGUUAAUACCGAGAGUCUUACAAGUAUGUCUGGCGUUGGCAUGGGUUCAGCAGUUCCAUCGCGUAGCUGUAGCCCUUCACUACCUCCGCCUGUAGCUAGUACWUCGGGGGGCCAAUCCCAAGAUGCUGUUUCAUCUGUGGUACUUUCAUAUACCCCUAAUCACUUUCAAUCGCAAGAACAACAUCAGCAAAGUUUUAUAUCCGGGAAAUGCUUGACACCUUUUGCCUUAAAUGUACCUUCUACACAUGUGCAUUCAACAUCCCCACAUCCGGUUGGGAAUAUGAUUUCUUACGCACAGCUGAACGAUUCUGUCACGUCCUUUGAUUCAAAUCAAGUACCGAGCGCUGUUCAAGGAGCAAAAACUCGCGACUACGAUGACUCGGAUUCCUCGUCGACAAAUUCAGCGGUACAGCCACAGCGUCGAAAUAAAUAUCAGCAAGCAAAAUCAGUAUCGCUCUCGUCAUCGUCGUCAACAUCUUCGACCUCCUCGUCAACUACGAGAAAUUUUAAUAGACCAGUGCCUGUGUUAUCUAUUGUUGCUAUGUCACAUUUGCAGAGCCCAGAACCCACCGAAUUCGGGUAUAAUCCAAAAUUUUGUUCAACAUCUCAGCAUUACGCGCCCCAGACUCAACCAUUACCUUCACCUCAACAACAAUCGCCAUUUCGUACUAAUGGAGUUAUAUCAAUGCUAAAUGUGCCUUUUGCCAAUAAUUAUUCGGAAGAUGAUUUGAAUUCUAUGAAACAACAUUCUCUGAAAAACCAAAGCAUACAUCCUCAUCAGCGGCAUUUUUACUUUGCAUCCGGAGAGCAUUUAAAUGCUACCCCGUUGUCAGCACAUGUUGCGAAUGCCGGGUACUGGAGUCCGUUACAAAACUCCAGCUUCUUAUACCCUCAGCCUGCUAAUUUUUUGGCAACUGCACCUUGUCUGACACCGACCGCAACUCUGUCACCUGGCUUUAGCGAACAGGAUGAUCACCAUUUUCACCAUCCGCACAAUCAACAGCAACUCAACAUUGUUAACCAGACAGAGGGCUUACCGUCAGCCGGCCAAAUAAAAAGCAGUUCAACUCCACAAAUGGGUGGUGCCAUCAUGUCACAACAACCACACCAGCGUCUGACACAGUCAACAGCAUCACAAGGUGGAAUAGUAACGACUACCACAAAUGUAGCUGCGUUACGUCAACGUAAUGUCGGACGUAAUAGUCAACAACAGACGCUGCACCAUCAUCAACAAAUGACUGCCCCGCCACCAACUCCUAUUUCUCAUGUAUAUCCCCAGCAUAAUCUGCUCUUUGGUGGACCAACGACUCACAUUCGUACUGCUUCCAAUACUGUUCAUGAAUUUUUUACUCAUACACCACCUGACCGGUUUUUAGCCCGAGCACAUCUUAUAGAAGCUAAAGAAGCUCCGUGCUCAUUAUUGAAUAACUCGAAAUGGGACAACCUAUCGCAAGAUGUCUGGAACAAAUUUAUAAACUCUCAACAAACUGAGGAGACCUUCAAGCAGAAAAUGCGGUUAUGGCGCUAUCUCUAUAUUAUUAUUAAGAACACUUAUCCACGUUUUGGCCUAUAUCUGGUGGGUUCUACUAUUUCCGGAUUUGGGGCAGAUACUUCCGAUGUAGAUAUGUGUUUAGUGUCACGCAGUACGUCAAAUGUGGAACCCCGAAUGGAAGCACUGUUCAACUUGACUGUCCUGCGAGAUUAUCUGAGCAAAUCAGCCGAGUUCGAAAAUUUCAACCUUAUUGAAGCAAAAGUACCAAUAUUACGCUUCAGAGAUCGAAUUCAUCAGCUGGAAGUAGAUUUAAACUUUAACAACUGUGUAGGGAUCAGAAACACACAUUUAUUAUAUUGCUAUUCACAGCUUGAUUGGCGUUUACGACCCAUGGUGUUAGUUACAAAACUAUGGGCGCAAUAUCAUAACAUUAACAAUGCCAAAAAUAUGACAAUAUCCAGCUAUUCUUUGGUUCUUAUGGUAAUACACUUUUUACAGUACGCUGUCAGGCCAGCGGUGCUUCCGUGUUUACAUGAUUUAUUUCCUGAUAAAUUUCCAUUGCUGCGAUCAAAUGACUUUGGUUACGUGGAUAUGAACGAAACUAUUGAUCCAUAUGAGUCUAAAAACACACAAACUAUCGGUGAACUUUUUCUCUACUUUCUAGAGUACUAUAGUUGUUUUGAUUUCACACAAUUUGCCAUUUCAAUUCGUACUGGUGGUCUUCUUCCAAUAAACGUGUGCCGCCUGGCGAAGUCAUCGAAAAACGAUAUCCACCAAUGGAAGGAGCUCUGCAUUGAAGAACCAUUUGAUUUAACAAAUACAGCGAGAUCGGUGUAUGAUUUCGAAACAUUUGAACGAGUCAAAGCAGUAUUUGUGGCUUCUUGGCGAAUAUUACAGCAAACAUUAGAUUUGAAUUCCAUUUUUGCACCAAUUAUUGUACCGCCAACAAACAGUAUUGUCUCCACGUUGAGACACACGGGCUUUCAAUAUGAUGACUGUCAUAAUAGCGCAUCUUCACACGUUUCUACUACGGAUUCCAAUACUAUAAAUAUGAAUGCGAAUGGAUCUACAACUCUUUUAAGUUCAGACAAUAGUUCGAAUCUGUCACCUGCUAUUUCAGUGGCGUCGUUACCGAUCGAGACAAACAACAACAAUCCUGUUACAAAAGAAAUAUUUAACAAUGGGAACGGAAAUAGUAAAUCCACUGGAGGUUCACUAACAGAGCUGGUUUCUUGAGCUAUUUUACACUGCAGCGAAAUAUUCAAACAUGUGUGGCGUGAUUCUCUUCAAAAUCUACAUGCAUGUAAGUUUUAUUGUUGCGCAGAACCAUACAAAAUGAAAAAUCUCUAGUCAUACUGCAGGUCAUGCUAAAAGACUGAUAUUAUGAUUUAUUAAGUUAAGAA